AUGGGUCCAGAAAGCCAGGAGAACCACACCACAGGUCCUACAGAAAAUCCUGUAAAAGACAAUGCCAGUUCUUCUGAAAAUCCUGCAGGAGAUCAAAUGGGGAUUGCAGGAAAAAAGGUUAAUAACAUAGCAGAUGUUGGAGAGAAUCCUACAAAGGAACACGUAGCAGGUGGUGUAGAAAAAUCUGCUAGCGACCAAUUAGAUGGUUUAGUAAAUAUUGCAAGCUACCCCGCAGGUGGGGCAGAAAAUCCUGUAAAUGGACAAACAUAUACUGCACAAAAUCCUUCAAGUGAACAAGCAGGCAGUGUGGAAAACCUGUUGACCUUCGAAGCAGGUGGUGUGGAAAAUCCUGCUAAUGGUCAAGCAGCUGGUGGCGCAGAAAAUUCUGUAGACAGCAAAGCAGGUGCAUCAGAAAGUGCUAUGAAUGAUAAUGCUGGUGGUGAAGAAAGUCCUACAAGGAACCUUGUAAGUGGUGCAGAAAUUUCUUUAAGCAAACAAACAGAUCCUAUAGAAAACAGCAAAAAUGAAACCUCUGUAUGCUGCAAAGCAGAUCGCCUUCCAGAAGAAGCACAGGAGAUACUGAAAUCAUUGGCAAGUCACUGGGAGGAUGUACUUGAUGCAAAUGCAUUGCAGGUGUUCCCUCUCAAAGGAGCAAUGACAAAUGAGGUAUUCCAGAUAAAGUGGCCAACUAGGACAGGAGAAACUUCACGAAAGGUUAUUGUUAGAAUUUAUGGUGAGGGUGUGGACGUGUUCUUUGAUAGGGAUCAUGAGAUUCAAACAUUUGAAUUCAUGUCAAAGAAUGGGCAAGGUCCUCGCCUACUCGGACGAUUUACAAAUGGUCGUGUUGAAGAGUUUAUCCAUGCACGGACAUUAUCAGCAUCUGAUCUACGUGAUCCAUUCAUUUCUGCUCUUAUAGCGGCCAAAUUGAAGGAGUUUCAUGAUCUAGAUAUGCCUGGUGGAAAGAAAUUUCACCUUUGGGAUAGAUUGCGAAAUUGGCUUAGUGAAGCCAAACGUUUAUCAUCCCCUAAAGAAGUUGAAGCAUUUUAUUUGGACACAAUAGACAAAGAAAUCACCAUUUUGGAAAGGGAAUUAUCAGGCCCACACCAAAAGAUAGGAUUUUGCCACAAUGAUUUACAAUAUGGUAACAUAAUGCUUGAUGAAGAGACCGAUUCUGUGACCAUCAUAGACUAUGAGUACGCCAGCUAUAAUCCUGUAGCAUUUGAUAUAGCCAACCACUUCUGUGAGAUGGCUGCUAACUAUCACACAGAAGAGCCUCAUAUACUUGACUACAAUAAAUAUCCUGAUUUUGAGGAGCGUCAAAGAUUUGUGCUGGCAUACUUGAGUACAUCUGGUGAACAGUGUAGUGAUGAUGAAGUGGAGCUGCUACUUCAAGACAUUGAGAAGUAUACUCUUGCAAAUCAUCUAUUCUGGGCAGUUUGGGGAAUAAUCUCGGCUCAAGUAAACACAAUUGACUUUGACUACAAGGAGUAUGCUAAACAGAGGUUUCAAGAGUACUGGGCCAGGAAACCUUAUCUUUUAAUAAACUCUGACGCACCUUCUCCGUAUAAUGUGCCUGAGGGUACAGGAGAACUAGCACAAGCAGCGCCCUCCCACAAAUCGAAGAACUCUAGUAUAUUCAGGAAGAUGAAGAGAGUUUUGGGUCUCGGUUUAUUCAGGUCCAGGAACUAG